GGGAGUCGGAAGUGACGUUUUUAAUAGGCGCCGGCUAGACGGCGCAGCCUUAGCUCCCGCGUUCAUUCGAGGAGGAUGAACAGCCGCUUGCAGGAGAUUAGAGAGCGGCAGAAAUUGCGCCGGCAGCUCCUGGCCCAGCAGUUGGGGGCAGAAAGUGCUGAUAGCAUCGGUGCAGUAUUAAAUAGCAAAGAUGAGCAAAGGGAGAUUGCUGAAACAAGAGAAACAUGCAGGGCUGCUUAUGAUACCUCUGCACCAAAUGCCAAGCGUAAAUUUCCAGAUGAGGGGGAAGCCGAUGAAGAAGAAGUAGAAGAAUAUAAGGAUGAAGUAGAGCUGCAGCAAGAGGAAGAGAACCUGCCCUAUGAAGAAGAAAUUUACAAGGAUUCCAGCACAUUUCUUAAGGGGACUCAGAGUUUAAAUCCUCACAAUGAUUACUGUCAGCACUUUGUGGAUACUGGACACAGGCCUCAGAACUUUAUCAGAGAUGUGGGCUUAGCGGACAGAUUUGAAGAAUAUCCAAAACUCAGGGAGCUCAUCAGGCUGAAGGAUGAGCUAAUAUCUAAAUCUAACACUCCCCCGAUGUAUUUACAAGCUGACCUGGAGGCUUUUGAUGUUCGUGAGCUAAAAUCCAAGUUUGAUGUGAUUCUUUUGGAACCACCACUAGAAGAGUAUUACAGAGAGACUGGCAUCACCGCUAAUGAAAAGUGCUGGACUUGGGAUGAGAUCAUGAAGCUAGACAUUGAAGAAAUUGCUUCCCUGCGGUCCUUUGUCUUCCUCUGGUGUGGUUCUGGUGAAGGUCUGGAUCUUGGCAGAAUGUGCUUGCGCAAAUGGGGUUAUAGAAGAUGUGAAGAUAUCUGUUGGAUUAAAACCAAUAAAAACAAUCCUGGGAAGACCAAGACGCUAGACCCAAAGGCUGUCUUUCAACGAACAAAGGAACAUUGCCUUAUGGGCAUAAAAGGAACAGUCCGUCGCAGUACUGAUGGAGAUUUUAUCCAUGCUAAUGUUGACAUUGAUUUAAUUAUCACAGAAGAACCUGAAAUUGGCAACAUAGAAAAACCUGUGGAAAUAUUUCACAUUAUUGAACAUUUUUGUCUUGGAAGAAGACGCCUUCAUCUCUUUGGGCGGGAUAGUACAAUCCGACCAGGCUGGCUAACCGUGGGACCCACACUCACAAACAGCAACUUCAAUGCAGAAACAUAUACAUCCUACUUCACAGCUCCAAAUUCUCAUCUAACUGGCUGUACGGAAGAGAUUGAGAGGCUCCGGCCUAAAUCUCCACCCCCAAAAGACCGAGGAGGUGGAGCACCAAGGGGUGGAGGAAGAGGUGGAACUUCAGCUGGCCGUGGAGAAAGAGGCAGAGAGAGAAAUCGAACUAAUUUCCGGGGGGAAAGAGGUGGAUUCCGGGGAGGAAGAGGGGGUACACACCGUGGAGGCUUUCCUCCUCGUUGAAAGUAUUCAAGUACCUUAAUCUAAUUUCAUAGCUUCCACUCAGGGUGGGGGUGGCUUAGUUCUGCUCAGGUUAUACUUCUUGGUGACUCAACCCAGAUGUUUAUUAUUAAACAGGUUUCAUGCAUGAUAAAAAACCAGCCCAAAAUGGCACAUUUCUUUCCCUUGAGAAGCAACAUCUAGCACUUGAUGAAAAAGGCAAAGAUUUGUAAUAGAUUGAAUUCAGAAAGCUUGAAGUCACAGAAGAGUGGCUUGUUUUAUAGUUUCAUUUGGUCCAGUUCCUCUUUUGUUUGUGUACACACAGAUGCUGUCACUCUACCAAUUAUUACCAUUAUUCAUAAACUUUGAUCAAUAUUUUCCACUUGGUUUCUGUUGGAACUAUUGCUUCCUGACCUAACCAAAUAUAAUUUCAGUUCCCGUUGUAAUAGUAGAUAAUAGGUGUUAAUGGAAAAGUAACAUUCCAGUUGGCAUUUGAUACUCUUACCACUCAAGUUUUAAUUUUGUAUCAAAUAUGUUAAUGUCUUUUAAGAAGUUGGCAAUGUUAAAGCUGAUUGUAAUGACUCAGUCUUUAUCUGUAUUCCAUAUACACCUUUUCGGUACGAGUCUCAAUGCUGGGUUUUAACUGUAUGUUCCCCUUCAUAUUCUUGUUCCUUUGGACGGAACAAGGUUAAAUUUAAUUGUGAUAAUGACUAGGAGCCCAGAAGGAAACUUGUUGCUAUCCUUCUUGGGUUGCCCUGUUCAUUGAAUGGAAAACUGAAAUCUAUACUUCCUGAUACUCCAAAUACUAAGCAUGCAAUCCAGAAUUAAACUAUUUUAGUUCCAUUGAUUUCAGAGGGAGGGACUGAAAUGUGUAUGCUGCACUCCAGUUCAGUGGGACUGAAAUGUUUGUGUGGAUUGUGCCCAAAAUGUGGUGAUUGCCAAAGGGUUAUGAAAAUUUUAAUUUUAGAACACUUCUGGCAAAAAUAAAUGAAUUUAUUGCAGCCAGUUGUCAAAUCCUGUGUAUAUUCUAGGGGGCUAUUCACUCCCCCCUCACUUAAUUUAACUUUUUUUGGGGGGGGGAAUGCUAAUGUUGUUGAUUGUAUACAGUGACAGUCAGAUCUUGGCUGUGCUCUGACAGUGUUUUAAAGACUAUACUAUGUUUCUAAAUCUCUUGUACCUCUCCUGAAAACCAACUUUUAAAUGUAUUUUAAAUGGAAGCUAUGAAUCUUAUUCUACUAUUUUUGAUUUAAAUUUGGAAUGGUUAACAUCCAUAACAGAGUCAGUAUUGGCCACUUUCUGCCUUAAGGUGGUUCACAUUCUCGCUCUGUGGAAUGAACUUUCUGUUACUUGCCCCAAACUGUUGGGUUUCGGCGGGAGGGAGUGGUUUUGCAUUGUUUCUGUGACUCGGAUGAUAUUGGUUGAUGAGAGAAAAUGAGUUAUUUUGCCUUUUCUAUAUACUGUAAACCUCUCCAGUUUUGAUACUGUUUAUGGUUAAGUUGGGAUACUUGAAACCCUGAUAUUUUUAAAGUAUCUUACUUGCAUACCAGUAUAAUAAGGAAAAAAAUUCUUAACCAAUUCUUAAUAAUAAUAGCAAGGCCUACUUCCCCCUGAAGGUACUGAGUACUUUGUUUAAGGAAUAGUUGCUUUGUCACAAAGCAUUUCAAGUAAUUUUAACUGGGAAGAGUUUUUGUUUUAUGGGAAGAGAGCACACGAAUACAAUGGGCAGCCUAUACCUUUUGAAUAAUUUUGUGUAACCUGUGGGCUCCAUUUAAAUUCCUGUUUACAUCUGAUCUCACUUAAAACCACCUCACUUCCCAAAGCUAGGCCAUGUGUUAGAAAAUUAGAGUGUUUGAGUUUCACAAGCCUGGUGGCUAAUAGGAAUCCAGCGCAGUAGCAAAUUGAAUAACUCCAUCCUGCUACAGAUUUUUCAAAUGGUGCAAGAUGGGUGAAGGCUUCUCUCAUUUGAUUCCCCUCUUCACUGUGGCAACAACCCCUUGUGGCUUGUUGUCCAAGACGGUCUCAUGAGCCCUGGCAUAACAGGGUGUGUAUCUGAGUCAAAUGGGGCCUCUUCUUGCACCAGUGGAGAUUUAGUCUGUCAUUAGAACAUAGCAUGCCAGAACUAGAAUUCUGAUCAUUAGGUUUGGUUAGAUGUCUCUGAAUCAGCACUAGGAAUUGUUAUUUUUGCAAUAUUCUAGAGCUAGUAAUGGGAAAUAAAAUGCCACAGCAGGCAGAAAAUGUAUUUCAUGAUCUGUUUGUCAUAUCAAUAGUAGUAUGUUUAACAUCUAUAUACUGGAAGUCUUCCAAGUGUAUAAGUACAUUUAAAAACAACUUAUUGUGCAUUUCCAGGGUGGUCCUUGGGACAGAACAAAAUGGUUAGUGCAGUACUGAUACAAGACUUUGCUAAGAUUGCUUACAUGUAAUUUGAAUACAUAAUGCAACAUUUACAUACUAAAAA